AAGGAACGGCAACUCUCUGUACGGAACAACAUCUCUAAGGAACUCAUAAUGAAGAAAAUUCUCACCUUACCUGGUCCAUUUUGUAGUACCAGACGCGUAUACAAUAGCUCUUCAUCAAAUUCAAGACCAAGCCCUCGAUUAAUUCAGGGAUGUCUUAGAGAAUAGUCCAGUUUCGAGUUGGCUAUGACCGCUGAAUCAAAGAAGUGAAGACACAUUUGUACAGGCUUAGCCUCCAUCUGAAGUAAUAUAUCCACAAAAUUCAGCGAGAAAAAGUCCUGUUUAUUACUCUGUCUAUUGUGUAUAUUCAAAUUUCAGACACUUACUUGCCGGAAUUUUUGAAUAUUUUACUUUAUGUCGAGGCUAACCCUGUAUGAAUGUGUCGUUAAUGUUUGUAUUCAGCGGUAAUUUUUAAUUCGAAACUGGACUAUAGGAAAACCACUCUCUUGCAUUAGCUAUCUAAAAAAAGUACAGAGGUCACUGUGCUUUUAUAAAGCACUCCCCUUUUCUCUUAAUACCACUUUAGAACACCAUCUUGGGGGUCUUAACCCGCCUCUUGUUUGUUACAAAAGAAACGUUUUGAACAAGGAUGAUCUUUUGGCUUCUACGGAAAGAAAUAAAAUGUUGCACAAUCACCCCUUGGAGAAGGAACUCAGGGAAUACCUG